AUGACAGCCACGGCCAAUGAUACAGAGUCGUCCCGACUCCUACCCGCUGAGCGAGAUGGAUAUGGUUCAGCUUCAGACUGUGAAAGCGCUCCUCAGCCGGAAGAGCCGAAGCCUUAUAGCCAUGCUUUUAUCGCCAGAGUUGUGAUUGCUUUGCUCAUUGGUGUCUUUACUUCAAAUGCCGACGGUUCACUGGUCCUGGCAACUCAUCCUGUGAUUGCAUCCGAGUUUGGAGACUUGGCAGACUCUAGCUGGCUCUUUAUCAGCUUUAUGCUGGCUGGUGCAGCUUCACAGACAGUGUACGGAAAACUCAGCGACAUUUUUGGUCGAAAGGCCAUCUUGAUGUUCUGUUAUGGACUCUUUGCUCUUGGAUGUGCUCUAGUGGGCAUUGGCCAGUCUAUGUGGCAGGUAAUUCUGGGACGCGUCAUUUCUGGCUCAGGAGGAGCUGGCAUGACUGCAAUGGCCUCAGUAAUCAUCACAGACCUCGCUCCCCUGAGAGAAGUUGCUUCUUGGCAAAGCUACAUGAAUGUGAUUGCCACGGUUGGCCGAAGCAUCGGAGGCCCUCUUGGAGGCUUGUUGGCUGAUACAAUUGGCUGGAGAUGGUCGUUCCUCGGUCAAGCCCCUAUCUUUGCCGCAUCCAUGGUCAUCUGUGGAUUACUCCUCCCUCCAACGUCUCACGGCACCCAAGAAAGCUCAAUCAGCAGCCGCCUUGCUAGGAUUGAUGCACUUGGAGCUCUAUUACUUGGCGCUACUGUCCUCUCUCUGAUGAUGCCCCUGGAAAUUGGAGGUCAGAAAAUACCUUGGAGUCACCCAAUUAUCUUUGCCCUAUUUGCAGCCGGCAUUGUCCUCGCUGUUGCCUUUGUACUCGUCGAGUCACGCUGGGCGAAGGAACCAAUCUUUCCUCUUCGACUCCUUCGGAAUGCACAGGUUACAAAGUCGUAUUUAAUGGUUGCAGCUCAGGCUGGAGCACAGCUUGCAAUGAUGUACACCGUUCCCAUUUACUUUCAAGUCACACAGCGUGUCUCGAGCACGAUUGCAGGAGCCCAUCUCUUUCCAGCAGUCAUUGGAAACACAAUUGGUGGAAUUGCUGCAGGCAUCAUCAUCAACAGAACCGGCCGGUACAAGGCUCUCCUUGUGUUCGCUGCCAUUUCCUCCAUCACUGGCUACACAUUGAUGCUUCUACGAUGGCAUGGACAUACGAGCUGGGCGGAAUCUCUCUACGUUUUCCCAGGUGGCUUGGGAACUGGUAUUGCCUUUAGUGCUGGUUUCAUUUCCCUGCAAGCUUCGAUCGAUCCCAAGGACAAAGCUGCUGCCGCUGCAGGUCUGUUUAUGACGACUACCUUGGGAACUAUCAUUGGCAUGGCAGGCACCAGUGCAAUUAUCCAGGGAUAUCUGAGGUAUAGCGUGCAGUUGGACCUGACCAGACUUGGCAUGUCCCAAGCUGAGAUUUCCGAGAUCAUCCGCAAAGCUUCAGAGAGCGUCUCCUACAUUGAGCAUGCCACCGGGGCAGUUCAAAAGGUCCUCAUUGAGGGAUAUGUUAAGGGAAUUGAAUACGGUCAUGGUAUGUUUUCUCCAAGUGUCUAUACGUAG